AAUUAUUUAAUGCCCGUAAAAUUAUAUUGCCACUUAUUGUGGUUGGGCUAUUGGGGGCUAUUGGUCUUGCUCUGCAAAGUCCUUUAGUAUUGAUGGCUGGUUAUUUUUAUGAUGAUAAAAAAGAAAAUAUUUCUGAUUAUGCUGCUGUUAUUUUAUUUAUUCUUGCAGGAUCAUUAGCUAUGAUUGCAUUUGGGAACUUUGUUAUGUUUUUUAUUGGUAUAGAAAUAUUAUCAGUAUCGCUUUAUAUUUUGGUGGGUUCUAAUAAAAAGGAGAUGUCUUCAAAUGAAGCCGCAUUUAAAUAUUUUUUAUUAGGAUCUGUAGUAUCGGGUAUAUUGUUGAUGGGAAUCACUUUUAUAUAUGCUAUUACAGGUAGUUUUGAUCUUUCAGAAAUAGCUCAAGUUAUAGAAAACCAACCCAAUAAUAUUUUAUUACAGGUGGGUGUUGUAUUGGUUAUUAUUGCCAUAUUAUUUAAAGCUUCAACGGUACCUUUUCAAUUUUGGGCACCAGAUGUAUAUGAAGGAGCUCCAAUUUUAACCACUGCACAAAUGUCAACAUUGGUUAAAGUGGCAAUAUUAGCAGCUUUUUUUAAAUUAUUAUCCACAGCAUUUUUACCCAUGUUGUUUUUUAUUGCUCCAAUUUUAGCAAUUAUUUCUGCACUUACCAUGAUUGUGGGUAAUCUUUCUGCAUUUAAACAGAACAAUGUAAAAAGAUUAUUGGCAUUUUCUGGAAUUUCUCAUGCAGGAUUUAUGUUGAUGACUUUAUUAAAUCCUACCAAGGGGUCUUAUCCAAUUUUAUUUUAUGCUACAGUAUAUUCUUUAGCUUCAAUAGCCAUUUUUUCUAUUGCAAUUCCCUUAUUUAAACAGACAAAAAAUCCAGAUAUAAGUUCAUUUGAUGGAUUGGCAAAGAAGCACCCAAUAGUAGCUUUUUUAGUAACUAUUUCUUUUCUAUCCAUGGCUGGAAUCCCCCCAUUAGCUGGUUUUUGGGCAAAGUAUUAUUUAUUUAUAGAUAUAUUUAAAGAUUAUUUAUGGUUGGUAAUUAUUGCCAUACUCAAUUCUGCAGCCUCUAUAUUUGUGUAUUUUAAGUUUAUUUGGGCAAUGUAUACAAAAGAAGACGGCAAUGCACAGAAGAUUGAAAUUCCAAUGAUAUAUUUUUUUGUGUUAAUUUUUGGAGAAAGUCAUGGAGUUGCCAUUGGAGGGGUGAUAGAUGGUUGCCCAGCGGGUAUAGAGGUGAAUUUAGAUAAAAUUCAAUUUGAAUUAGAUAGAAGAAAACCAGGUCAAUCGGCAAUUGUUACACAAAGAAAAGAGAGUGACAUGGUUCAGUUUUUGUCAGGUAUUUUUGAAAACAAAACAACAGGAGUUCCAAUUGGAUUUAUAAUUCCAAAUGAAAACCAUCAUUCUAAAGAUUAUAAUCAUUUAAAAGAUAAUUACCGUCCUUCUCAUGCAGAUUUCGUAUACGACCAAAAAUAUGGGCAUAGGGAUUAUAAAGGAGGAGGAAGAUCUUCCGCUAGAGAAACAGCAGCGCGUAUUGUAGCAGGAGCAAUAGCUAAACAAGUGUUACAAAACGUUGAAUUUUAUGGAUAUGUUUCUGCAGUGGGUAAUUUGCAAUUAAAUAAAUCAUAUCAAGAAUUAGAUUUAUCUUCAGUAGAGGAUAAUAUUGUGCGUUGCCCAGAUCAAAAAAUGGCAGAAAAAAUGAUAAACUUAAUUAAAAAAGUAAGAAAAGAAGGAGAUACCAUUGGAGGGAUAGUUACUUGUGUGAUAAAAAAUGUUCCCAUUGGACUUGGAGAUCCAGUAUUUGAUAAACUACAUGCAAAAUUAGGGCAAGCUAUGCUUUCCAUUAAUGCAGUAAAGGGAUUUGAAUAUGGAAGUGGUUUUUCAUCCAUUAAAAUGAAAGGCUCCGAACAUAACGAUUGGUUUAAUUCAGAUCAUUCAACCAAAACAAAUUAUUCUGGAGGGAUUCAAGGAGGCAUUUCAAAUGGAAUGGAUAUAUAUUUUAAUGUGGCCUUUAAACCUGUUCCCACUAUUAUGCUGCCACAAGAAAGUAUAGAUAAAUAUGGAAAUAAAGUAAUUGUAGAAGGAAAAGGAAGGCACGACCCAUGUGUUGUGCCAAGAGCUGUUCCAAUAGUUGAGGCUAUGGCGGCU